AAAUUGACACAGCGCACCGGCAUAGCGCGAGGGAGUGGAGCAGGAGCAGCCUCAUUGCAGCCAGAAGGAGGAAGAAGCAGCAGCAGAGGCAGCAGCAGCAGCAGGAGGAGGAGACGACUGCGAGAAAGAUGGACCACGUAGAGGGAAUCAUAUUCGACCUGGACAACACUCUGGUGGACACGCAGGGAGCGGAUGUCAAGGCGUACGAAAAGAUCCGCAAGUUGCUGCAGUCGGAGCGUCCGGGCCGUGACCCGGAGCCGGUGGUGUCUCACUUCCGCCGCGCGCUGGCGCUCAUGCCCAGCGACCCCGACGCGUCCUUCCCGUCCACGGACGCGUGGCGCAGGGAGUUGUGGGCCCGCGCCCUGCUCGCCGACCUGCCCUCCGACCCCGUGGCCGCCGCCGCGCUGGCGCCCGCCUGCUUCACGCUCUGGAACACGACGCGCCUGCAGAACAUGCGACUGAGCGAGGCGGCGCACGCCAUGCUGCUGAGGCUGCGCGCCAGCGGCCGCUACCGCCUGGCGCUGCUCACCAACGGCGACGGCGCCACCCAGCGCGCCAAGGUCGAGGCCUGCGGCUGCGCGGAGCUUGUGGAUGUCGUGGUGUUCGCCGGCGAGCUGCCCGAGGAGAAGCCGGCGCCCUCGGCGUUCCACGCGUGCUGCGGGCUGCUGGGCGCCAGCCCCUGCCGCUGCGUCAUGGUGGGAGACAGCCUGGAGUGCGACGUCCGCGGGGCGCAGGCGGCCGGCUUCGCCGCCGCCGUGUGGGUGCGCGGCCCCGUGGCUCGAGAGACGAUCGUCGACAGGGACGGCGGCGAGGGAGGUGGAACGCGCUGCCGCAGGUUCCCGGUGCGCUCCGUUGUGGAGCUGGAGGACGUCCUGCGGGAGUUGGAAGCGGGGACGCCGCGGCCGUGAGCUGUCGCCGGAGGUCAUAGGUCUCGGUUUGCCGACCCGCGAGCUGCGACGGACGGUGCGUGCGUCACAGUUUGCGGUGUCGAGUCGUUAUGGGGCAGACAAAGCGGUCAUGCGUUCUAAUUCCGCUGACCUUUUUUUUUUAAUCCUCACCAUUGCGUUUGCAUAGGUGCGACCACCACCACCACCAUGCAUUAUACAGGUUCCAUUAGGGCUGCGGUGCUGCACUGUGGGCAGCAGAGGGUGGCGGCCAUUGCUGUAUUGUACACCCACGGCUGUGCUCCUCACGUUCUACCAACUCGCACUGACCAGCUUGGUGACGUGGGGUCAAGUAAUAAGCCACAUGACCCGCUUGCUGUGGGGAGUCCCUCUUAUUUCGUUUUGGAGCUGGCCGGAUUGGUGGUGUGGUUGAACGUUGUGAGUCAAUUCAAAUCGCGGACUCGGGCCAACUCAGCCCAUCGUUGCUUCACGGCCGAUACGUUGAUUAGUGCCACUUUGUGUGGUAAUUCAAGUGGCCAUGGGGAGGCUGUGACCCCCUCCAUAGGGAUAUGGAAUUUCUACCACUGGCUCAGGGUUUUUAAUGGACAUGACCACUGACUUGUCCCAAGGCUCAUUCAAUGUGAACCGAGGAUCUCGAUGGUGCUGGCUCAAUACUGUGGCACGGGCAUCCGCAACAGGCACCCUCAGCCACCCAGCCAUGUCCACAUACAAAGCAAUAAUGCGCUCCUCCCGACCCAGUCACCCAGCAACCGAGCUGAUUGUUUAUCUUAACGUGUAACGUAGCCGUUGGUUGAAUAGUUUUCAACCGUAGUCUUUGUGUGUGUGUGUUCAUCUUUGUGUGCUCAACGGUACGUGUUUGUGCAUCUGCUUCAGAGCUGAGCUAUCCGAUUACAUGAAUUCAUGAUUACGACACCUUUUAUCGAUUUAAUUACUAAUUGGAUGGCACGAAACUAUUUUGGAGGGCGGUGGUUGAAAGUUUCAACUCUUACUGUCAAAGAUGUUGUACGGGAGGUGAUGGAUGGGCUUUGGUGAUGGCAUUGGCACCAUCAAGCACGCCACGCUAAGCGUGGCCUGGAGGGGGUUUCCCACCUUCGGUCGGUACGUCGUUGGGGGGGGGGGGGGCGCACAUUUUUAAGGGAGGCGCAGGUAAUGAACCACGUAUAAAGUAAAUUUCGAUUUAAAGCUUUCGUGACUGCAGGGAUUCAUCUUCUUGGUUUUUUCGGUAAAGUCACGUAGAA